UCACACACAGGAGAGCAGCUCCCAAUAGCCAGGGAGGAGGGGGAAAGACAAUCAGAAGCAGAAAGGAGGAGACCCCAGCAAAGGAGGAAGAGGAUGCCCUGGCCAGGGUCAUGGGCUGGUCUGCUGUUCUGGGCAGUGCUAUGCAUCAGCUUCCAAGGGAACAUGGCUAAUCGCUGCAAGAAGGCCCUGGUGAAGAGCUGUACCGAGUGCAUCCGUAUAGAUAAGGACUGUGCUUACUGCACUGAUGAGACGUUCAAGGAUCGUCGCUGUAACACUAGAGAGGAGCUACUGGCCAUGGGCUGUGAGGCCGCAAGUGUGGUGUUCAAGGAAAGCAGCUUCCGGAUCACAGAGUCUACUGAGAUCGACACCACCCUGAAGAAGAGCCAGGUGUCGCCCCAAGCCAUGCAGUUGCGCCUGAGGCCCGGGGAGGAGCAAAGUUUUGAGUUUCAGGUGUUUGAGCCCCUUGAGAGCCCGGUGGACCUGUAUAUUCUCAUGGACUUCUCCUACUCCAUGUCCGACGAUCUGGCUAACCUCAAGCAGAUGGGCCAAAACUUGGCCGGGGUCUUGAGCCAGCUCACGAGUGACUACACUAUUGGCUUCGGCAAGUUUGUGGAUAAAGUCAGCGUCCCACAGACAGACAUGAGGCCAGCCAAGCUGAAGGAGCCCUGGCCCAACAGCGACCCACCGUUCUCCUUCAAGAAUGUGAUCAGCCUGACAAAAGAUUUGGAAGAGUUCCGGAACAAACUACAGCGGGAACGAAUCUCAGGCAACCUCGAUGCACCUGAGGGUGGCUUUGAUGCCAUCCUGCAGACAGCUGUGUGCACGAAGGACAUUGGCUGGCGGAAAGACAGCACCCACCUGCUGGUGUUCUCCACAGAGUCGGCCUUCCAUUAUGAGGCAGACGGUGCCAACGUGCUGGCAGGCAUCAUGAAGCGUAACAGUGAAGAUUGCUACCUGGACUCCACAGGCACCUACAUCCAGUACAAUCAGCAGGACUACCCAUCAGUUCCCACCCUGGUGCGCCUGCUUGCCCAGCACAACAUCAUCCCCAUCUUUGCUGUCACCAACCAUUCCUUCAGCUACUACGAGAAGCUGCAUACCUAUUUCCCAGUCUCCUCUCUGGGCUUGCUGCAUGAAGACUCCGCCAAUAUAGUGGAACUACUUGAAGAGGCCUUUUAUCGUAUCAGGUCCAACUUGCAUAUCAGAGCUCUGAAUGCCCCCAGGGGCCUGCGGACGGAAGUCACCUCCAAAAGAUACGUGAAGACAAAAACUGGAUCUUUCCAAAUCAAGCGUGGGGAAGUGGGAACUUAUCACGUGCAACUGCGGGCUGCAGAGCAAGUGGACGGGCGGCAUGUGUGCCAGCUACCUCUUGAGGAUCAGGCAGGCGAAAUCCAUCUAAAGCCCUCUUUCUCCGAUGGGCUCAGAAUUGAUGCCAGCAUCAUCUGUGAUGUGUGCCCUUGUGAACUGCAAAAGGAGCCUCUGUCAGCCAAAUGCAGCUUCAAUGGGAACUUCACAUGUGGGCACUGUAUGUGCAAGGAGGGCUGGAGUGGCAAGGCUUGUAACUGCUCCACGGGCUCCCAGAGUGACACGAAGCCUUGCACGCGGGAUGGGGAAGACAAGGUUUGCUCGGGGCGAGGAGAAUGCCAGUGCGGACGCUGCGUGUGCUAUGGAGAUGGACGCUACGACGGACAGUUCUGCGAGUAUGACAAUUUCCAGUGUCCUAGAACCUCAGGCUUCCUGUGCAAUGACCGGGGUCGCUGCUCCAUGGGCCAAUGUGUGUGUGAAAGGGGCUGGACAGGAAAGAGCUGUGAGUGUCCCCUCAGCAACGCCACCUGCAUCGACAGCAAUGGGGGCAUAUGUAAUGGGCGAGGCCGCUGUGAGUGUGGACGUUGCCACUGUGACCAAGUCUCCCUCUAUACUGAUACCACCUGUGAGAUCAGCUACUCCUCAGCAUUCCUAGGGGUAUGUGAGGAUCUGCGUUCCUGUGUUCAGUGCCAAGCCUGGGGCACAGGUGUGAAGAAGGGGCAGAAGUGUGCCAGCUGUAACUUCCAGGUGAAGAUGGUGGAAGAGCUAAAGAAAGCAGAAGAGGUGAUGGAAUACUGUUCCUUCCGUGAUGAGGAUGACGACUGCACAUACAGCUAUACUGUAGAAGGGAACGAAGCCAUUGGGCCCAACAGCACCGUCCUUGUGCAUAAGAAAAAAGAGUGUCCUCCUGGAAACUUCUGGUGGCUGAUUCCACUGCUUAUCUUCCUCCUGCUGCUCUUGGCCCUGCUGCUUCUGCUUUGCUGGAAGUACUGUGCCUGCUGCAAGGCCUGCCUGGCCCUGCUCCCCUGCUGCAACAAAGGCCACAUGGUGGGUUUCAAAGAAGAUCACUAUGUGUUGAGGGAGAACCUAAUGGCCUCAGACCACCUGGAUACGCCACUGGUACGCAGUGGGAACCUGAAAGGCCGUGACAUGGUCCGCUGGAAAAUCAACAAUGUACAGUCUUCUGGCAUCACCACCCAUGCCACCAAUCCCAAAGAUCUGGUCCCAUAUGGAUUAUCCCUGCGCCUUGCCCGCCUCUGCACCGAGAACCUGCUGAAACCUGAUACUCGGGAGUGUGAACAGCUGCGCCAGGAAGUGGAAGACAAUCUGAAUGAAGUUUACAGACAGAUCCCUGGGGUUCAGAAGCUUCAGCAGACCAAGUUUCGGCAACAGCCCAAUGCUGGGAAAAAGCAGGACCAUACAAUUGUGGACACCGUGCUGAUGGCCCCCCGGUCAGCCAAGGUGCCUCUGCUGAAGCUGACAGAGAAGCAAGUGUCACAGGGGGCAUUCCAUGAGCUCAAGGUGGCCCCUGGCUACUACACCCUCACUGGAGAUCAGGAUGCCCGGGGCAUGGUGGAAUUUCAGGAGGGAGUAGAGCUGGUAGAUGUUCGAGUCCCUCUUUUCAUCCGUCCAGAUAAUGAUGAUGAUGAGCACCUGGUGGUGGAGGCCAUUGAUGUACCCCUGGGCACGGCCACCAUUGGGCGUCGCCUGGUCAACAUAACCAUCAUUAAGGAACAAGCCAGUGGGAUAGUGUCAUUUGAUCAGCCAGAAUAUUCCUUCAGCCAUUUGGACCAGGUUGCCCGGAUUCCCGUUACCAGACGCAUCAUGGACAGUGGCAAGUCUCAAGUCUCCUAUCGUACACAAGAUAACACAGCCCGUGCCAACCGGGACUACAUCCCUGUGGAAGGAGACCUGCUCUUUCAGCCAGGGGAGACAGAGAAGGAGCUGCAAGUGAAAUUGCUAGAUCUGCAGGAAAUGGACUCCCUCCUUUUGGGCCACCACGCCCGACGUUUCCACAUCUACCUAACCAACCCCAAGUAUGGCGCUCGGCUGGGCGAGCCACACUCUGCUACAGUCCUCAUCGAAAGUCUGGAUAGGGAGUUCGUUGGCCAGACUCCGUCGUCAUAUUCCACCCGGGCUGAUCCAGGUGCCCCUCAGAACCCCAGUGCCAAGGCCGUUGGUUCACGUAGGAUCCAUUUCAAUUGGCUACCACCUCCUGGCAAGCCAUUUGGGUACAAGGUAAAAUACUGGAUACAGGGUGACCCUGAAUCGGAGGCUCGGUUCAUCGAUUGUAAAGUACCCUCGGUGGAGCUCACCAACCUCUACCCGUACUGUGACUAUGAGAUGAAGGUCUGUGCCUAUGGGCCAAUGGGUGAGGGGCCUUAUAGCUCCCUGGUAUCCUGCCGUACCAAUGAGGAAGUCCCCAGUGAGCCUGGACGCCUGGCCUUCAAUGUUGUUUCCUCCACUGUCACCCAGCUGAGCUGGGCUGAGCCAGCUGAGACUAAUGGGGAGAUCACAGCCUAUGAAGUCUGCUAUGGACUGGUCAACGAGGACAACAGACCCAUCGGGCCCAUGAAGAAAGUGCUGGUGGAUACACCCAAGAAGCGGACAUUGUUGAUUGAGAACCUUCGAGAAUCACAGCCCUACAGAUAUACAGUAAAGGCCCGCAAUGGGGCAGGCUGGGGGCCAGAGAGAGAAGCCAUUAUCAAUCUUGCUACCCAACCUAAACGGCCCAUGUCCAUCCCCAUCAUCCCAGACAUCCCCAUCGUAGAUGCCCAGGGAGGGGAAGACUAUGACAGCUUCCUCAUGUACAGCGACGAUGUCUUGCGCUCCCCUGCCAGCAGCCAGAGACCCAGCGUCUCUGAUGACACAGGCUCCGGCUGGAAGUUCGAGCCACUGCCAGGGGAGAACCUGAAUUUCCGGCAGAUCACGUGGCAGCUGCCCCCAGAAUUCAUCCCCCGCCUGUCCAGCAGCAGCGGGCUCUCCUCUGAGGCUGAGGGGCUCAUCCUGCCCCAAGAUGAUAGCAACCCAGGAGGCAGCCUCCCCCGAAGGGGGACGCCCCAGCCCCCAGCAGAGCACUUACUUAAUGGAAGGCUGGACUACGCUUUCCCAGGCAGUGCUAACUCCCUGCACAGGAUUACCACCAUCACAUCUACGGGUAGCAGCCACCUGAGCCCCCACCCACAGCACCGAAUACUAAGCACUUCCUCCACUCUCACCCAAGAUUACCAUUCCCUGACUCGUACAGAGCGUUCAACAACUCUGCCCAGAGACUACUCUACGCUGGCGUCUGUCUCUUCCUAUGAAUCCCGCCUGCCCUCUGGGGUGCCUGACACUCCCACCCGCCUGGUGUUCUCGGCCCUGGGACCCACAUCCCUGAAAGUAAGCUGGCAGGAACCACAAUGUGAUCGGGCUCUGCAAGGAUACAGCAUGGAGUACCAAUUGCUGAGCGGAGGUGAGCUACACAGGCUACACAUUCCCGAACCUCACCAGACCUCCGUAGUGGUGGAAGACCUCCUGCCUAAUCACUCCUAUGUCUUCCGUGUCCGGGCACAGAGCCAGGAAGGCUGGGGUCCAGAGCGUGAGGGUGUCAUCACCAUUGAGUCCCAGGUGCACCCCCAAAGCCCACUCUGUCCUCUGCCAGGUUCAACCUUCACCCUGAGCACUCCCAGUGCCCCGGGCCCCUUGGUAUUCACAGCUCUAAGUCCGGACUCUCUGCAGAUGAGCUGGGAACGACCACGUCGGCCCAAUGGGGACAUUCUGGGGUACCUGGUGACCUGUGAGAUGGCCCAAGGAGGUCCAUCCACUACCUUCCAGGUGGAUGGCGACAGCCUGGAGAACCGGCUGACAGUGCCAGGUCUGAGUGAGAACGUGCCUUACAAAUUCAAAGUCCAGGCCAAGACAACACAAGGUUUUGGGCCGGAGCGUGAGGGUAUCAUCACCAUUGAGUCUCAAGAAGGAGGUCCCUUUCCACAGCUGGGACACCUUGGGCUGCAGCAGGAGAUAUCUGAGUUUCCCAGCAAGUACAGCAGCAUCACCACAGCCACCCACUCCAGCAUCACAAAGCCCUUCUUAGCAGAUGGACUGGCCCUGAGGACCCAGCAGAUGGAGGCUGGCAGCUCCCUCACUCGCCAUGUGACUCAGGAAUUUGUGAGCCGAACAUUGACAUCUAGCGGCACCUUAACCAAGCAGGUGGAACACCAAUUCUUCCAGACAUGAGAGUCCCAUAGAUACCAGCGCACCUUCCCCCACCACCUUCCUUCUUUCUCCUAAUUCAGCCUGUGUUGCUUCCUGGAGGGGGUGAGGGAAUCAUUACUCUUUGCCAACCCAACUCUGCUCAUCCUCAAGGGGGCAAAGUAGGGGUACGGACUCCUUGUGGGGCAGGGGGGAAUGAGGGUGCAGUUAAUGGGAAUGCUAUCCCAGAGGCCUGGCCUUUCCUCUAGCUCCAAACCCAAUUUGUAACCAAAGAGCUGAGGCAGGUCAGAGCGUGGAGGGGGGGAGGGGGGCCUCUAAUCUUUGUCGUGCCACUUAAUAAUAAAUGUUUUU